GUCAUUCUAAUGUUCCGACAGAAUUUAAGGUUAAAAGUUUUGUUGUUAUUGCGCUGUGACUCAAAAAUCUCUUUCUAAAAACCAGACAAAAUGACCGCGGCGCUUGAAACCGACUGCAAACGCAUCCUCGCCACCCUGCAGAUCUUCACCAAUGACGAACUGAACGAAAUCAUGGACAACGAAGAGAAAAUCUGCACGCUCAUUGAAGAGCUGGACCAAUCCUACCUGAAAAACGUCGAAAGCGAAAAGGAAGAAGUACAAACCUCAAUCAAUCAACUCUCCGACGCAAACCUAGCCCGAGAGCCGGAGCUCGUCGAAGCACGCGAAGCCAUCGUGCUGCGCAGUGAAAACGGCGAGGAAUUAACCCAAAAAGUUGAAGAGGCAUACAAAACUCUACGAGAUAAAGGCGGAGACAUGUCCAUGGACACAGCCCUAGCACUCCUGCAAACCGCCGCUAGUGAAAUGGAAGAGGAAAGCGAUAAAAUCGCGCAGAGUUUUCUCGACAACACCACGGAAUUGGACAGUUUCCUCGAUGAGUUUCUCAUCAAACGCAAACUAAUGCAUCUGCGCAAUGUCAAAGCCGAAAAGAUGUCAAAACUAAUCGCGCAAGAUGGCAUCUACUCGCCGGGAAAUUACGUGAAUGCGCCGCCGAUGAGUAUCAACUCGAGUUAUUUCCCAGCGAUGCCGGCGGUUAACCCGACGGCGGUGCCUUAUCCCACCGGUGGAAUGGGCAUGCCGAUGCCGCCCGGGCAUUUCUUUCAGAAUCAUUACUGAACGCAACGCGAGAAUUGAAUGAGCAUGACGCACGUUAUUUUUAAGUUUACGAUUAUUUACGUUUAAGAAAGUUUUACCUGUACUGAGAGAUGAUUUUACGUAGCGUUUAGGUCGAGAGGGGUCACGCCUGUGUUAUAACCAUAUGAUUAGUUAAUAAAAUGAAAUAUUUAACACUUU